CGCUGUUAGAUUCUGGUCAAGGAUCUGUCCAUCUCGGUUGCAAAUCGAGAACUGCUGUCUCGUACCACACUGCAUCUGAUCGAGGCACGGCAUUACGUCCUAGUCGGUCGAAAUGGCACCGGUAAGUCAACGCUGCUGAAGGCAGUCGGCGAUGGAUUGGUUCCUGGGAUUCCUUGGAGUGUUCGGAUACUACUCUUAGGUCAAACGAGAGAAGCGGAUGUCGAAGACCAAAUCCAAAAACUUGAUUUGAAAAGCGAAACUGUGCUGCAGUAUGUGGUUCGAAGCGAUCGAGUGCGAGAACGGUACAUGCGAGAAGCUAAGCUACUCAGCGAAGCCGUCGACCACCCCACGGACUCUAUGGCUCCGGUUCGGGCUUACAGGCAAAUCAGACACGAGCGGCUGGCGCUUCAGCUGAAGGAAGGCCACCGUAUCGCUGAGAGGCGGAGCGGUGCGCGGGGCAAGCAGGCUAGGAAAGAGCUGAUCAAGCUUGAAGAGCGUUUUGCGGAGUCGGAACAUCGCUUGGAAGAGAGCGAGAGCGCUAUAGACCCUAAGAAACUCAGCGGAGACACGCAAGCAGCCGCUGAUAUGCUCGCGGGUGUACAAGCAUCCCUCGAACUCAUGAAUGCCGAGGAAGCAGAAGCGAAAGUCCGGAUCGUACUACUAGGUCUAGGGUUCAAGGAAGAUCGCAUUGACAAGCCUUUGACCGAGCUCUCUGGUGGAUGGAGGACGCGCUGCGACCUUGCAUGCGCGCUAACGCAGUACGCUGAUGUACUCUUGUUGGACGAGCCGACCAACUUCCUCGAUUUGCCAUCGAUCAUCUGGCUGCAGGCCUACGUCCGUAACUUAAAGGGCACUACUGUCCUGGUCACCACACACGACCGAGACUUUGGCGACGCGGUAGCUGAGGAGCUCAUUGUCCUUCGCAACCAGACGCUCGAGACGUUCCGUGGCAACCUCAGUCUGUAUGAGCGGGAGAGGUGGAAGAAGGCGAGAUGGAUGACCAAGAUGAAAGAUGCCCAGGACAAGCAGAAAAAGCACAUUGAAAAAAGCAUCGCGGGCAAUGUCAAGGCAGCCAAGGACAAAGGUGAUGAUAAAAAGCUGAAGCAAGCUGCAUCCCGAAAGAAGAAGCUUGACGAGAGGAUGGGGGUACAAGUUGGUCUCAAGGGCGGUCGCUUCAAGCUCAAUCGUGACCUAGCUGGUUACCACCUCACCAAUCGUGCGGAGAUUGACGUUCCAGAUUUUGAGCCGCCGGUCAAGCUAUCCUUCCCGCGGCAGCCUCCAGAUCUCAGAUUCCCUGGGGCACUGGUGAAUUUGGAAAAAGUUUCCUUUGCGUACCCUAGGACGAAGACGGGGCCUAUCUUGACGGACGUCGACCUGACUAUUCAUCCAGGCGUCAGGAUAGGACUCGCUGGUCUCAAUGGUUCCGGGAAGACUACGCUUGUCGAUCUGAUUGUAGGGAGCGGCGGGGAAGGAGGUCUGACGCCUACAUCUGGCUCGAUAACACGCCAUGCAAGAGUGAAGAUUGGACGCUUCUCGCAGCAGUCAGUGGAAGAGAUCACCGCCAUUGCAUCCUCUAACCCACAAAUGACGGCGCUCCGCCAUCUCAUGGACUCAUCUGGGCCCGAAAUGCAGGACAAGGAUGCGCGAUCGAGUCUGUCUGGUCUCGGACUGCACGGCCAGACCGUCUCAGAUGUACCGCUUUUGUUACUAUCUGGGGGUCAGAAGGUCAGGGUCGCGCUUGCGAAGUUGUUAUGGCCACCGCCACAGCUGCUCGUUCUCGACGAGGUUACGACACAUCUGGACGCCGACACGAUUAUGAGCCUGGUGGUGGCGUUGAGAGAGUAUGAUGGUGCGCUGCUGGUGGUAACGCACGAUCGUUUCUUUAUGAGGUAUGUCCAGCUGUCACCUUCUCAUUCAGUGUUCCAGUUUCUAUGACAUAAGACUGAUAGCCUCGCAGAACCGUAGUCGAGGGAGAGUCACCAUACUCGCUAGCGCCAGGG